GCAUGUUUUCUAAAAUAAAGUACAUUUAUUAAAACUCAACCAUUGCAAUGGUUAUCACUUAUUAUUUUUAGUUUUUAAACACUUAUAUUAAUUAAUUAAGGUUAAUUAUAUUAUACUUUAAAACAUUUUUAAAUAAUAUAUAUUUAUAUCUUUCUAACCAUUGUGCUUUAAUUUUGUCAAUUGCUCCGUCGAAGAGAACUGAGGAGGAGACGUCUCGGUUUUUAAAUUUUUUUUACUGCUGUCAGUUUUGCUUUUUUUUUAACAGCCUUCUGCCACUCACACGUGGCGCUCUUUUGUUGGCCCAAUCCACGAGUUGGGCCGUGGAUCGGAUCCGGCGGUUGCCAAAUUGAACUCAACUUGGGUUUUGUCGCUGGGAGCUAGGGUUUCUAUCAGCAGGCUUCUUCCCCUUCAGAAAUUCAAUAAAACCUACUCUUGAGGAGUUGAUACCUUGUCAAACAGCUAUCAACAUGCAGAAUGGUUGUGUGAAGAAAAUGCAAGGCUCAACUUCAGACAGGAUCAGUUACCUUCCAAGCAAUGUGAUAGAAAAAAUUUUAACGUGCAUGCCAAUAGAUGAUUCAGUAAGGACAAGUGUUUUGUCAAAGAAAUGGAGGUAUACUUGGGUGACACUUCCCGAACUUGUAUUUGAUGAUGCAUUCUACAGAAAAUUGAGGAUAACAUCAACAAAUGAGCUUUUGUUGAUUAUUUAUCAAGUUCUGUUACUCCAUCGUGGGCCAAUACUCAAGUUCAAGCUACACUUAUCUGAAUGGAACAGAAUUUGUGCUAUUGAUCGAUUGAUAAAUUUUGUAUCAAACAAUGGUGUCCAGGAUUUCAUCCUUCAUAUUUUUAGAUAUGUGCAUUAUGAGUUGCCAUCCUCAGUGUUUUCAUGUCUGCAGUUGGAGCAUUUGGAACUACAUUUAUGCUCGUUUGUUCCUCCUCCUGGAUUUAAAGGAUUUAGCAAGCUCCUCUCCCUAGAGCUUCAUGAUGUUAUCAUUAAUUCUGGGGUCCUCUCUGGUUUGAUUUCCAAUUGCCCACUACUUAAAGAGUUGAAUCUUGUUCGUCCUGGUAGCUUCUGUGAUCCUGAUAGCUUCGGUUACCUUGAAAUCACUGCCCCUAAUCUUAGAUGCUUGUAUUGUGAAGGCGAUUUUAGUGACAUAUGUUUAAAAAAUUCUCCUAACCUUGCUAGAGUUUCACUUGAUUUGCAUCAUUCCAUGUAUCAAGAAGUAUGGGUCACUCUAGCUGGCCUUCCUGCCAUUGAGUUUUUGGAGUUGAAGUUUUUUCGCCUCAAGUUGAUUCCUCAAAUUGGCGUACCAGGAAGACUUCCAACUGAUUUGAGCCAUCUUAAGGUUCUCAAGUUGGAUGGUAUCAAGCCAGUCUCAAGUUUUCUCCGCUUAAUUAGAAGCUCCCCAAACCUGGAAAAAUUAAUUAUUUGGGUAAAUAAUGACAUGGUUCUGUCUCAUGUCGGGCCUAUUCUAGAAGAUUUUGAAGAGCAAGGAUUCUUGGAUAUCUCUUUAAAUCGGCUUCGAGAAGUGGAUUUGCGAAUUUGCUGCAAACGAGGGUUCCAACUGGAGUUCGUUAAAUUUUUGUUAACCACAUCACCCGCUCUAGAGAAAAUGGUUAUUGAGCCAAUUCAUGCUAUGGAUCACGAAAGGAUGAUGUUUUGGAAGGCGGUAACACAAUUUAGGCGUUUGUCACCUUUGGCAGAAGUUUUCUUUGAAUUUCAAGAUGAUGAUGAUGAUGAUGAUGAUGAUCUAGAUUAUGACUAUGAUAUGCAUUUUCUACCAAACUAACUUUAGUUCUUUCGCUUCUUUUGUAUAAAUAUAUUUUGAAAAAAAUAAACGACAAGGAAAAAAAAAAGCUUAUUGAUAUUUUUUUUUUUUCUUGUUUUCCAUGUUAGUUGUGUAAUUUCCUUAUAAUUUACUGGUCUUCAAAGGCAUUCAUUAUGUUUAUAAUUAAUCUCUGGUUCUAAUCAAAGAGAUUAAAUCGA